AAAGAGGAACUGAUCACGGCUACGUUUCAGCUGCGUGUUCUGCUCUAAUGUAAUGAUCAGUACAUCGAAGACUUUGUUGUUGUCUUCUCUUCUGUAUUGCAUUUAGUUUUCAAGACGCUUCCACCGCUUCGCCAGUCACAUUCCAUUACUCGUGUGGUGUUCGUUAUUACGUCGUCGCAUUAUUCGUUGUUCCUCCGGAGUAAUUUUUUUUUACACGUGUGAUACUAUCUAACUUUUAUUUAUUUUUUGGUUCGCGAUUAAUGAAUAUUUUGGUUUAAUAAUGAGCGUCAGCAAGUUUAAUUUGUUCGGUGUGUUUGCACUUGUGAUAUGCGUUAACGCUCAACAAUUGAAGAACAGUAAUAUCCAAGAAGAUCCUUGCAAGUCGAAGAGUAAAGUAGUAGGUGAUGCUACGUACUGCGAUCGGUACUGGGAAUGUGUGGAUGGUCAACCAGAAUUAUACGAUUGUCCUAAUGGAUUGGUAUACGCUGGAAAAAACCGAGGCGUAACCGAAGGCUGUGAUUAUCCAUGGAGAGCUAAUUACUGCGAAGAUAAACAAUUAGCAAACGGACCGAUCUCCAGAGAACACUGCGACUGGCUGUACGGUAUUUUUGGACAUGAAACCAGUUGCACAAGGUACUGGACAUGUUGGAAUGGUACUGCUACCGAACAGCUCUGUAUCGGUGGAUUACUCUACAAUGAAAAUACCCGAUCGUGUGACUGGCCCGAGAACGUCGAAGGGUGUCAAAAACAUCCUCUCUGCAACGAAGAUCCUAACGGUAACGUACCAUUGGGUAAAUCAUGCAACAGAUACUGGCAAUGCCAAGGUGGCUACCCAAGACUGCAAAGAUGCCCCGCCAUGUUGGUAUUCGACAAAAGAUCACUUCGUUGCGUAGUACCUCCAACCGAAGACUGCGAAGUACCCACCACUCCUCCACCUAGUCCAGACGAAUUACAAGAAAACGAAGACGAACAAAACGUUCCUCUGCCAGCUCAACCAGCCCCAAGACCAAAUCAAAUUAGUCAAGCUAGACCUCAACCUCAACCUCAGCAGAGACCACAGCAGCCUCAACAACAAAGGCCGCAACAAUUCCAGCUGCCGCAACAAGCCGCUCAAGUGCCACAACAACCCCAACAAGUCCCUCAACAGAGGAGAGAAGAAGCUUUCAAUACGCAGCCAUUACCUAUCAGAUCGAGAGCUAGAAAAUGAAUUAGCUAUAGAUGAUUAAAUUAAGAUUAUUUUUAAGGUAAAAUAAGUUAUUAAGAAAUAAAAUAAUAUAUUUUGUAAUGUGUAUUAAUUCAUUUUUGUUGUAAAAAAUUUAUAUUUUUUUCUAUA